GCAAAUGUUGCCAAAAACUGUAGAACAGAACGGUAAAGGCAGUCUCCUAUGUUUACCAUCAUUACUGACUCACUCAUGAAAUUACAAAAUGACUAGCGGUGUCAAAUUCUUGCAUCUAUCUCAAAUCGCAGCAACAAAAUGCAGCGACAGAUAUUUCACCUCCAUACUUCGUGCGCCGUGCUUAAAAGAAAACAAGUGAAACUUCAAUAAUUUGUUUAUGCAAACAGUCAUAUUGCGAAAUAUUGCGACUUGCGACAGUGAACUUGUUACGUGUACUUUAUAUUACAAAAACAUACAUAGAUAGUAUGUAGCAUGACGAUGUAUUAAUAAAAUUGGAUACAGAUCAUUCAGUAUUUGCCUGCAGUAUGCCUCACCUACGUAAAUCUGCCUUCAAAAUAUGACCCUAAUCGUCAGCGGUACCGCAGCCAGACAACUCCUACGUGUCGUAAUUGCCAACGUAGACACAAUGCUCAAUUUGGAAAAUGUUGCCGGCCCAUCAAGUGCCUCGUCAAACAUGUUGACAAACAAUUACGAGAUAAUGGACACUGCAGAGGCAGAGGACAACAUUUUGCGCCAGGACAGUGUGGUAGACCUUGUGUCGAGCAGCACAGAUGCUACAGUAAUUUUAAGCACGAUAGAAGAAAAUAAUUCUGCAAUUGAAGAUAAUUCCUUGAAUCGUGAUAUAUUAACUGGAAGUCAAACCGGCGAAAGCAGCGGCUUGUCUUCCGAGAUUCGAUUAAGUGGAACAAUUGCGCCGAGUAGUCAGGAUUCCUCGAACAAUGACAAUAAUACGGAAGAAAUUAGGGAGCCUAAUAGCAACCCUGAAUCUAGAAAUGAUGCUGAAAAGGUUCAUCAAGUACCUGAAUUGAAUUCUAGCAGUAAUAAAGAUAACAGCUGUAUUUAUAAUGCAAUGAAAUUCAAAUCAUGGAUUAAGAAUGAGGAAAUAGCUGGCUCCAAUUUUUGUAAAGCGUCCGGCUCAAACUGGCGCAAAGAAAAUCCUGCGUUCCAUGUUCCUGUGCCUGGUACACUUGUGGAUUCCAACUCCGUUAAACGAGCUGGUCCCUAUUUGCUCGGACCUCCAAUUGGCACUUCACCUGUGAAAAGCAUCGUCCAAUGCCUCGCACGUAAAGCGGGAUCUGAUAAGUUUUAUACGAUUAAAAUUCUUACUUUGAAAGAUGAGGAUGAAUAUGAAACACAAGAUGAUCGACAAGGAAAGAUGUUACUGCAUGCUGAAUAUUCUUUGCUAAGUCUCCUCUACAGCCAAGACGGCGUUGUGCAUCACCAUGGAUUUUUUAAAGAUUGCGCCUUAGAAGAAAAGAGCAUGCCGUCUGGCACCGUGUAUACAGGAAAAAUAAAACGUCGCCUGUGUCUUGUAUUGGAUUGUCUAACUGCUCACGAUUUCAAUCCAAAAAAUGACGAACUGCUCAAUUUACAGCACCAUGUGAUAAGGGAAAAGAAAUUAUCAGAAAGAGAAACAUUGCUAAUAUUUUCUGACACUGUUAGAAUAGUUGCUUGUCUUCACAUGAGAAACAUUGUACACAGGGAUCUGAAACUGGGAAAUAUAGUUCUGAAUCGUAGGACAAGGAAAGUAACUAUAACGAAUUUUUGCCUGGGAAAGCACUUGAGUAGUGAAGAAGAUCUCUUGAAAGAUCAACGUGGCUCACCUGCUUACAUAUCACCUGAUGUUUUAUGUGGUAAGCCAUACCUGGGAAAACCAUCUGACAUGUGGGCACUUGGUGUGGUGCUCUUCACGAUGCUCUAUGGACAAUUCCCAUUUUACGACAGUAACCCGACACAAUUGUUCAGCAAAAUAAAAGCAGCCAACUACCAUAUCCCGAAUGACAGUAGAGUCUCCGAGGGGACAGUGUCUCUGAUAAGAAAUCUGCUAGUGCUCGAACCGAAGAAACGCUUGACUGCGAUGAAAGUGCUGGAUUCCUUGUCUACCAUAAUAGCCACAUUCAAAGUUCCUAAUGUAAUGGGAGAAGAUCUCCAAGUAGUUCCUGACAUAGACGAUAUGAAAGACAAAAACAGUGAGCAAGCACUGCUGAGUCCUUCACCGUCACCAAUAACCAAGGAUAACAAAACUGGGAAUAAAAAAAAAAGUCAAGAUACCAGUAAUAAGGAAUUGGGUGACUUUUCAAAACAAGUUACCCUUCAGGAGCAAAUGGAAAAGAUGAUACGACAACAGCAAAGUCCCUUAGUUCCACAAAGACGGCCUUAUGGCCAGAUCCCGCUUCAUAGAGUGGACUCAGAUGCUCGAGAGUUAACUCCCGCUGAAUUGUCUAGGUUUAAGCACCUCAUUCCAAGAGAUAAUCAGAGAUCGCACGGACAGAGCCCUAACAGAAGAGAAGGUGUUCUUCUUAGAUUAAGAGGCAAUUCAAGGAGCAGAUCUGUCGCCACAAAUCAGAUUUUAGUGCACCGUGAUCAGAACGUAUCGACGAGUGGUGCGACUCCUCAAAAUAGCGUUUCUGCAUUUGCUAACAACCCGUUGAGCACCGACGCAUCCCAAAACUCAGCCCGUGCAUUGCCGAACACGUCAAGUAUGUCAGAAAUCGAGAAUAGGACAACAUCUUCGUCAAAUUUGAUAGAUAAUUUGGCUUCAGCUAGAAUUCACGGUAAUUCCGCCUCCAGCCGGACAGGGAGUAGCUCUAAUCUCCGCCGUUUUCAUCACCACCCUAGUAUCCCACAAAACGAUGGAAACAAUACUUCCACCAGCCAGUAUACGCAGAUCAGAAGUAAUCCUGGGCCGAGGACAAAUCAAAACGGCUCAACGCCAUCACAGGUCCGAAUUUUUGCACCUUCUCACAGUCAGCACAGGCGUUUGUCUCUCACCGAUUCCCAGGAGGGUAGUUUAUACUCUCUAGAAACUCAGGACAGACAGCCAAACGCAUCAAACACAUUACAGCAGGGAAGUGAAAUUCAUAAUUCCAACGCUCAAAUUAGGCGUAAUAAUUACACAGAAUCCCUGCUGCAAGUUCCGCUCUCAUCGUCGCAGAAUGACGCAGGCAGACGUUUUUUCCCAUCGAACAGAUCCACACCAGAGCUCCUCAGACAUAACAGACAAAACCGAUUCAGAGAUUCUAUUGCCGAUCAGCUGGCAUCUUUCCGAGUCAGGAUGCAGCAGAACAGGAUCAACAAUAUCACAAGGGAGUUGGAUGUACAGAAUAGAUUGGCCAAUCUGAUGUCAGGAAUCAGUGAUGCCAAUUCUAGCAGGACGUUGGACCUUCCUUUACACAGGCCAGCGAUUUCUCAUCACAGACAUUCCCCCUACACUACACGAUCAGGAGGCCUUACGUCCGACAGAGACAGGGAAGCGUACAGUGGCAGAAAUUCGAGGCGUGGAAUCCAAGAGAGAGGGGGCAUAACUGAUCCAAGUCUAAAUGUCCCGAAUUUAGAUGCCAGCUGGUCUUUGAGCAGAGAUGAUAAUGCAAGUUCUAGUAUUCCUACAAGAGGCAGUGUAUCUAGCGCUUCAAUUCCUCGUGCAGAGCAGAAUUCAAGCUUGUCUAAUAAUUCAGCCAUGACAGUGUCGGCACGAUCUGCAGGAUCAUCUUCAAGCUCCUCUGGUUCAGCUUCGAGAAACAUUUCGGCCCUCCCCAGGGACUCUGCACUGAUUAGCAACCAGGAAGAAAGUCAGGAUUCUAUUUUGAUUCACAGGGGUAUUAGAUUUCAAUUGUCACCAAGGUCUCAGAGAAGUUUGAGUGCCUUUCUGCGGAGCAAAUUAGAUGAACAUGCUCGUGGCACUAGGAGAUAGUAUUCUUUCUUGUGGAAAGAAACGAUAUUUCCACUUUUCAUUCAAAUGUCAAAUAUCGCGAUAAGAAUUAAUACAAUAAAUAAAUAAACUUACCGAAAGUUAACUGACUUUUCGAAAGAAUAUUACAGGAUAUUUUCGUUCUUUCACAGAAAAUCAAUUUUCUUUAGUUGUGUCUAAAGAAAUUAUGAAGAUUAUUUCAUUCUCUACAGACAAUGACAGUACUCUAUUAAUACACGAUUAACAUUGUAUGAAUCUCAGUGUCAAUCGUGAUUAGACACCGUGUAUCAACAUGCUUGUAUAUCUAAAUUCGCUACUGAGCAAAAUUUAUAUCAGAAAAUGUCAUUCGAUUCAUAAUAUGUAUAUAGGUAAAUAUACGUACCUGUAUAAAUAUACAUUAAUAUAUUAUAUAACUGAUUAACAAAUACGUUUUUGUUGCAUUAUCGAAUCAGGGAAUGUGAAAUAGUUUGAAAUGUUAUCAGGCAACCCAUAAAACUGGAAUACAGACGCGUGCGUAAUUCUUAGGUUUUGUUCCUCAAAUUUAAUUCCCGGAUAUGCGCAUAUACUAGCUAUGCAAUGCGUUCUUUUGCCUUUUUACUCAAUAUCUGCAGUUUUUACGGUUUAAUUAUAAUGAAAAUAUUUCUAUUGUGGUUUAAAAUGGUACAGUAUCUGGAUAUUAUAAUGAAAAACAAUAGUAAUAAAAUACCACUCGAAAGUUUA